UCUCCUUCAAUCCUCUACCCAUCAAUAUUCCUAUUUUCUUCUAUUCAAAGGAAAGCUUUAAUUUCCACCGAGUUUUCUACCCAUGGGAGAGACAGACGCUCCUCGUAAGGGCAUCCUUCAAAGUGAAGCUCUUCAUCAGUAUAUCUUAGAGACAAGUGCUUACCCAAGAGAGCAUGAGCUGCUCAAGGAGAUCAGAGAAGUGACCAUUAAGAAGUAUGGAAUUUGGAGCGACAUGCUUGUUCCAGCUGACGAAGGACAGUUUUUAUCCAUGCUUUUAAAGAUCAUAAAUGCCAAGAACACAUUGGAGCUCGGCGUUUUCACUGGUUAUUCUCUCUUGACCACUGCUCUCGCACUUCCAAAUGAUGCCAAGAUAACAGCUAUUGAUAAGGAUAGAGAGGCCUAUGAGACUGGUUUGCCAUUCAUAAGAAAAGCUGGUGUGAAGCACAAAAUCAACUUUAUAAAUUCAAAUGCUCUAACAGUUUUAGAUGAAAUGCUGAACAACAAUGGAAUGGAGUUGUUCGAUUUUGCAUUUGUUGAUGCUGAUAAACCUAAUUACAUCCAUUACCAUGAACGAUUGAUGAAGCUUGUGAAGAUUGGAGGAGUUAUUGCUUAUGAUAACACACUAUGGUAUGGAUCAGUUGCUGUUGAUGAAGAGAAAACCCAUGAGAAAGGCAAGACUUACAGAAGGGCUAUCAUGGAUUUAAAUACCUACUUGGCUUCUGAUCCCAAUAUAGAAUUAUCUCAAAUUUCUAUUGGUGAUGGUGUUACCUUGUGCAGACGCCUUCGCUAAAACUUUUUAUUUUUUUCUUUCAUAUUAGUAGGAAUUAUGUUGAUCUAGCUUA